AUGGCCGAUUUCCGGAGGAAUUGUGUCUGUGCCGCCAGCCCUGUUGAUCAUGCUGUCAGGGUGGAACCAGUCGUGAGUCCCAGUUCACAGGGACAGCUGACCUUCAGGGAUGUGGCCAUAGAAUUCUCUGAGGAGGAGUGGGGAUGCCUGACCCACACUCAGCAGCAACUGUACAGGGAUGUGAUGUUAGAGAAUUACGGACACCUCGUCUUCUUGGGCAUUACAUCCAAGCCAGACUUUGUCUCCUUUUUAGAACAAAAGAAGCAGCUCUGGGAUGUGAUAAGAAAGGAGACAGUAGUCCUCCAUCCAGGUAGGUGGGAAUGA